CGGCCGCCCAUGGGAGGUGAUGCAGUCCAGAGGUAUGGUGGCUCCUGGGAGUAAUGGAGGGAAGAAAAAUGGAUGUGUGCCUCCCGCCUGUGAUUUGUGAAUGUGUUAGUGGGCCAGAGAUGAGCCACGCUGAAAAGUUAUGACGUCGUGGUGGUCUCAGAAGACAUGACAAAUCCAUCCACGAGCAAUCGACCACGAGGGACGUCAUUUGUGUUGGUGCGUAAGUAAGGAUAGCGUCCGUAGAACUCAAUGUAUUUCGGUACACCCAACAUGGCUGCCACAUACGUGCUAAGAAAAUCAUCGUCGUUCAGUUGCAACUAGUUAUGCCUGAUUAUACUGUAAAGAGGGGAGUCAUUCUUGGACCUGCUGUAAACAGGUCUAGGUUAGAGUUUUUAUUCAAUGGCAUCUUCCAUUAAUUCUCUGGAAGCGAUUCAGAAAAAAAUAGAUGCUGUUAAACUCUUCCUCUCUGUUUCACUGAGCAUCGCCAAUGCCCACACUGUGGAUUUCUACACUUGCGAUGUAUGGGACCAGUUCAUGGCUGUGCCACCCGUGGAGGUCUUGACAGAGAUCACUUUGAAUGGUGACCACAAGAGGGCGCCAGAACACUACUUAAAUCAUGGCAGUGGUACCACCAAGAAUAUCACCUUUGGUUUCUGUGAUGAUAGUAAGCGCCUGGUGGAUGUGGCUGAGCUCUUGGAGGCUGCCUAUGCCCACUCCCUGCCUGGCCUCGGGGUCUGUGUGGGCCGCACAGAGCUACUGCAAACCCUCAGACACACUGACAACGCUCAACCCCUGGAGGAAGUUCCAGCUGCUGUGGUGGAGAGUGAAGAGUUUAUGAACUCCAAGAAGUCCCACGAGGUGCAGGCCAUGUCAGAGGUGGUGGCCAGCCUAGCCCAGCGCUGCCGGGUCAAACAGGUGAUUGAUGUGGGCUCGGGGAAAGGUUACCUGUGCUCCUUCCUGUCGCUGCAGUACGGCCUCCAGGUGUACGGCAUCGACUCAUCCAGCGUCAACACGCACGGCGCCCAGGAGAGGAACAGGAAGCUCAAGAAGUACUCCCGGGCCUACCAGAGGCACAGCAAAGCCAAUAGGACUCCGACAGUGAUGCCUCCUUCAGGCCAGAAGGACUUGGAGGAUAUUGCACCCGGUGAGAGAGAGAGAGGGGAUAUGGUUAAGACGAGUGGGGAUGCCGAGAAGGAGGAGGGGAAGGGGAGAAGAGAUGGGGAGGCACAGACCAACACAACAGGGUUAACAGAUCAGAAUGAGGAAGAUGCAAUGACAUCACUUACCUCCGCCAUUUUGUUAGAGGACAAUUCCCUUCCAGGGUUGGACCAAAGUGACCCAGCCUCAGCUCCAGAGGAUCCUUUUCUCAGUGCCCUGUGUGUGGGCAUGGUGGAGCCCAUCUCCCCCCGGGUUCCCCCCAGUGAGUUGAGCCUGGAGGAGAGGGAGAGGAGGAAGAGGGAGAACCUGGAGAGGAAGGCCAGGAGCUGGGUUAACAGUGGUGGCAUGGGCAGCGGCAUGCUCUACUCACCUCUGACCUCCUUCGUUACCGCGGAGACGGAGCUCAAAGAAAUUAUUGGGGAGUUAGAGGAUGCGGUCAUGGUUGGUCUGCACACGUGUGGAGACCUGGCGCCCAGCACCCUGCGCAUGUUUGUGGCCAAACGGGAGCUCCUCUCCGUCUGCAGCGUUGGCUGCUGCUACCACCUUCUCUCUGAGGAGUUUGAUCCCACCAGACAAGAGUGUCCAAGCAGCAGCGUAUGUGGUUUCCCCCUGAGUGGCUACCUGAGGGAGCAGUCCUGGUUCUGUGGCAGAAAUGCCAGGAUGUCGGCGUGUCUGGCUUUGGAGAGAGUUGCCAAGGGCCAAGGGAUUCAGAUGGAGUCACUCUUCUAUAGGGCCGUCCUCCAUGUGAUUCUAAGGGAUCACUACAGCUCCUUUAAAAGCGAGAAGCGUGUGGGGAAUGUCUACUCCAAGGCCACCUCGUUCGUGGACUACGUCUGGAGAGCCCUCCGGAGGCUGGAGCUGGAUGAGUCAAAGCUCUCUGACAGUGUCAUACAGGGUUACCACGACACAUACCGACCCAGGAUGGUUGAGAUGGAGGCCUUUAACAUGCUGAAGGUGACUUUGGCUCCCUGCAUCGAGGGUCUGAUUCUCCUGGACCGCCUCUGCUACCUGAAAGAGCAGGAAGACGUGGCGUUCUCCACUCUGGUGCAGCUCUUUGAUCCACUGUUGUCGCCACGCUGUUACGGAGUUGUCGGAGUGAAGGCACCUGGGAUGGAGUUGUCAGAGUGAAGGCACUUAGGUCGGAGUGAAGGCAUCUGGGAUGGAGUUGUCGGAGUGAAGGCACAUGGGACGGAGUUGUCGGAGUGAAGGCACAUGGGACGGAGUUGUCGGAGUGAAGGCACCUGGGACGGAGUUGUCGGAGUGAAGGCACCUGGGACGGAGUUGUCGGAGUGAAGGUGAAGGCACCUGGGACGGAGUUGUUGGAGUGAAGGCACCUGGGAUGGCAUCAUAGAGUUCUUGGAGAUGGGACAACCUGCAUUUCCUGCCAUUUGUAUGUUUUAUUUUUUUUAAUUUGCUGACCAUGAUUUUAGCAAGGGUUUAAUGUGAUUAUGUACUGCUUACUCAGUCACGUACAGAUGUGGGAAUGGGAUCAUUGUUUAGUGUUUUCUCUACUUUUGCCUUCUUUGGUUUCUGCCAGUCAUACUGUGCUAUGGGGUGUACUAUACCAUAUUGUAUUAAUAAAUCAUUUUUAGAAGAUAAAAAA